AUGAGCCAGAAAGCCCAUGUGCAGCACGGGGGGCUGCUGCCGCUCCUCCAAAUCCCCGAAGGGCUGGCUGAGCUGGCUGGCCCAUCUCGGGCACUGAGCCAUCCCUUCAGAGCUGAAGUUAAGGUAAAGGCAGAAGGCCGGGAGCUCAUCUUGGAAUUGGAGAAAAAUGGAAACCUCUUUGCACCAAGCUACACUGAGACUUAUUACAGCCAGACUGGACAACCCCAGACCACCUCUCUGACCCACACGGACCACUGCUUUUACCACGGGGUCGUGAGGGGCUGGGAGCGCUCCAGCGUCACGCUCAGCACAUGCAGAGGGCUGCGAGGACUUAUCUUAUUGAGCAGCAAUUCCAGCUAUAUCUUAGAGCCGGUUCCCGACAGCCCAAACCAGCACUUGAUCUACAGGUUGAAUGACCUGAGGUUGCAGAGAGGAGCCUGUGGCUACCAGGGCACUGGGGACGCAGCUGAAGACUGGCUCAGGGACUUCACAACUGGGAUGAAACCACCUCGCCAGAGGGUGAAACGGGAGAUUCUGCAGACUACGAAGUACGUGGAGCUUCUGCUCGUGGCUGAUUAUGCAGAGUUUCAGAAGCAUCACUUCAACAUUGAAGCAACAAGGCUUAAAUUAGUGGAGGCUGCUAACUACGUAGAUAAGUUUUACAGAUCCCUGAAUAUCCGGAUUGCCUUGGUGGGGCUGGAGAUCUGGAGUAAUUGGAAUAAAUGCGAUGUAACUGAGAAUCCCUACUCCACCCUGAAGUCCUUUCUGGCCUGGAGUAGCAAGGAGCGGGUGCACAGAAAACAUGAUAACGCCCAGCUAAUCACGGGUGUGCCCUUCCAAGGUACCACAGUAGGCUUGGCUCCUGUGAUGGCCAUGUGCUCUGAUUUCCAGUCAGGAGGAGUAAACAUGGAUCACUCUGAUAAUGCCAUUGGUGUUGCUGCUACUAUUGCCCAUGAGAUGGGACACAAUUUUGGCAUGAAUCAUGAUUCAGCUGGCUGCUGUACUACCCCUGCAGAAGAUGGAGGCUGCAUCAUGGCUUCUGCGACUGGGCACCCAUUCCCCAAGGUGUUCAACCAGUGCAAUAGAAAAGAGCUGGAGAAGUAUCUGCAGUCUGGUGGAGGGAUGUGUCUCUCCAAUAUGCCGGAUACCAAAAAAAUGUAUGGUGGGAAGAAAUGUGGAAAUGGCUACUUGGAAGAGGGGGAGGAGUGUGACUGUGGAGAGGUGGAGGAAUGCAACAACCCCUGCUGUGAUGCCAGCACCUGCUCCCUGAAGCUGGGUGCCGAAUGUGCCCACGGCAGCUGCUGUCAUCAGUGCAAGCUGAUGUCUCCGGGAACUCUCUGCAGGGAAAGAUCAGGACUCUGUGACCUCCCAGAAUACUGCACUGGCGAGUCACCGUUUUGCCCCCCCAACUCUUACCAAAUCGAUGGGGCUUCCUGCGACAGAGGAAAGGCCUAUUGCUACAGUGGCAUGUGUCUCACAUAUAAAGACCAGUGCUUGCAGCUGUGGGGGCCUGGAGCAAGGCCAGCACCAGACGCCUGCUUUGAGAAGGUUAAUGCCGCUGGAGACAUCUAUGGGAACUGUGGGAAGGACAUCUACGGCAACUACAGGAAGUGUGAGAUGAGAGAUGCUAAAUGUGGGAAGAUCCAGUGCCAGAGCUCUGCUUCCAAACCCCUGCAGUCCAAUGCGGUGGCCAUAGACACAACUAUCCGCACGCAGAGGACGCAGCUGAGGUGCCGAGGGACCCAUGUGUACAGAUCUGAGAGUGAAGAAAAGGAGAUGCUGGAUCCUGGCUUGGUGUUGACGGGAACAAAAUGUGGGAGCCAUCAUGUUUGCUUUGAGGGACGCUGCCAGAACACAUCCAUCGUCUUUGAUUCUGAAAGCUGUAGCAAGAAGUGCCAUGGGCAUGGAGUCUGCAAUAACAACAAGAACUGCCACUGCGACCAGGGGUGGGCCCCCCCGUUUUGCAACAAGCAGGGGAGGGGAGGAAGCUUGGACAGUGGUCCCCCCAUGCCCGAAGGCCCCUCAGCGGUUGUGAUAACUCUUGCAAUCCUGGCUCCCAUUCUCCUUCUCAUUGGAAUCAUGUUUUUAUUCUAUUACCUGAAAUGCUGGAAUAAAUUUCCCAUCUGUUCUCUAAAGAAGACCCCUCAGUUCAGUGAUACCUCUGGAAAUGGGCACGCAAACCCUGCCUUCAAGUUGAAAACCCCCCAGGAGCAGAGGAAGGUGAUUGCCUUCCCUGAAAUCCCAUCGAAACCUCCUCCCCAGCAAGCUCCAGGGCUCCAAAUAAACACGCAGCAGCCAUCUGCCUUCUCCACUGGCUACAGCUGCGGCGUGGGGCAGCCCGCCGGGCCAGCGCAGCCGGCACCUGCAAAGGACGUUGCCCGGCGGAAACCCCCGAACAGGCCGGCACCUCCUGCUCCCAAACCCCCCGUCUCUCAGGAUAUUUCUAGGCCCCGGCCACCCCAAAGAGCUUUGCCGGCUAAUCCCAUCCCAGCCAGACCUAGAGCCUGGCCGGGGAACAGCCCUGCCAUCUCGCUGCCUCCUGCGCACACCAGAAACCCAGGACGACUCCAGCCUGUGGCAGAGAAUGGUGUCGGGACAGCUGGAGCAGCAAACGUCUUGAAAGUAGGACAGCUGGGCUGCCGUGGGCACUCAUGA